UGCACAGGACUCUCAGAACUAAAGCUACUACCAAUAGGUCGUGUCUUCUUGCUACCUGAGAGCUCCCAGCACAGAGAAAUGGAUUCAGUUCUACCUGCGCUCCUCCUGGUCUUAUUUAUUCAAUAUGCACCAACCUACUCCCAGUUGCCAGCCUGCGAGAUUGAAAAUGCAACGAUGGGAGGCGACUUCAAUUUGACUAUCUAUCCAAUGUACUACAAGGUAUACAUACAUUACAAUGUCACGGUUUCGGGAUUUGGCGAGAACGCAACGAUUGUACUGUCCAGUUACUUCAACGGAUCGGCCGUGGGGAUGUGGCUAAACAAUGCAACAGAUUGUGAUGGAUUCAAGGGGAAUAGGAGCAUGUAUGCAAUGGAACAAUGGGUUUCACCUUUCGUCAUCGGCGAUUAUGUUAAGAUCAGGGCAUUCGUGUACACGAUGAAUGGAACUUAUGUCAAGAGCUUAACCCUCAAGCAAAUGCCUAUGACCACCACUCCAACCACCACUGAAGUGCCUACGACCACCACUCCAACCACCACUGAAGUUGUCAUCACGACUAAACCCAUGGGAACCACCGUGUACAUGAGUAAGGCAACUGGCACCACCACGACAGCAGCAACCACGACUCCAAACUCUGCACCAGGCAUUAGCUCCAAGCCACUGCUAGCGUUUGUCUGUAUGCUCCUGCUCCUCGUCACUGUGCCAGGGUUAUAAACGGAAUAAAAAGCUGCCUCUCAACCAACCUAUUCCAAAAACACUUUUCCAACAACCUCCGGGCUUUCCUCUCACGGUACAGCAUCAAACUGUGUCUUAUCGGAACUUGUAUUUCCUCAAUGAUAGAAACUUCACAUUAUCCUCCCACCCCCACUGUCUCGGGUCCCAAACUGAACCCAGCACAAAUAAAUACAGGAGACAGCAUUCCUAUCCUUGUUGAUCUUUGCAACUCUAUUCCCCUUUAGAAUACCAGAAUAAUGUCAUAAAUGCAGCCAGCUCCCGUCUUUCCUUAAUAUUCUCUCAUUCAGUGAGUUUGAUCAAAUUGGCGUGUUCAUGCAAUUCGAUUGCCUCAUCCAUUAUACUUUCUCUGUCGUUUCUAUAGCAGGAGCCCCAUGUUAUCAUAACUGUAUAUUCAACCUCUUCAACACGGAGGCAAAAUCAGAUAGCCUUCUGCGUUGUUGAUUAUCUGUGGAAAAUGUUGAUCUUUUCCAGUUGCUGUACGCGAGGUUGCGUGACCCACAAACCACCCGUGGUAAUAAUAAAUCCAAAAUAAUCCUCAUCAUCCUUAUCCCUCCAUUUUUAAAAUAAAAAAAUCUCUGUGGCUUAUGUUACUUUGAAAUAUCUAUUCCAUUCUGAGAGGUAGAGCAAGUAUCUACUGGAAUAAUAGGUCAAUAACCUACACUUCACUAAAUAAUCUGCACUUAGGUGGGAAUUAAUAACAGCUAACUCCAAACUAUUGAUUUUCUCAUAUAAUUAUGCUGCAAAACUUAUCAAAAUCAAAAGUUAAUGUCACCUUUUGUUUUUUUGGCAAUGACAUUUAUAUUGAAUCGUUGAUGUAUUUUCUAAGGGAAUCCUAUCAACCAAAUGAUCAAUUGUCUUUUAGUUUAUGGGUAAGUGUUGCUUCCCUUGAUUUGGGGUGCAGCACAGUAGCAAUCUGACUUAAAUCAGCAGAUGAUGUCCUGUUAAUAUUAAUCUGUGUUCUAGUUAGUUUUAUGCCUGAUGUAACAUAGUGUUGUAAGCAUAGAAGUGAUAUUAUCAUAUGAAUUCCUCAGUUUGCAAAUUCAUAUUGACAAUAUUAACACAGCUGAAGAAAGGAAAGAAAUGAAGGAUUUGAUUCAGACUUUUGGAAUAAUCAUUCGCUGAACCACUCUGUAAUCAUGUUAGUUGGUUUGCAUCCAAUCUAACCUCAGUGAAGUUAUUCAGCACAAAUAUACCCUUCGCUUUGCCCCCUGUCUCGAAAGUGCACUGGUUCAUAUUCACAAACAGCAUGGUUCAUCCAAAAUGGCAACUUUUAUUGAAUGCUAUGGUUUCUUUGUUUUUCUUUUGUGUCACAAUGAACUUUGUUGAUGUUUGUUAAUGCAGGACAUUGCACAAUUCUAGACAAUCUUAGCAUGAUACCAAAGGCAAAACUCUUUUAAGACAAAGACCAUGUAAUGAAGAUUUGCAGAAACAGGUUUGCAGCCUGAAGAACAUAUAGGUUAUAUUGUCUGUUAAGAUAAAGCACUGGUGGAUAUCUACUAUAAUGCAUAUAUUACACAGUUUACCGAUGCAAUGAAGUGAUGUAUAAAUAAUUGUUGAAUUCACCUUAAUAAUAAAAAAUUGAACAUUUGAAAGUCUACAA